GAUUUCGUAUGAUUUAAUAGUAAUUUUAGUUAAGAAAUUGACGAAGAAAUAUAUCGUUAUUAAUAAUUAAUUAAUAUAUACUAAUAUUAUAUAUUAUAUAGUUCUGAAAAAAAAUCGAAAAUUUGUAACAAUGUAUAUAAAAUUACUGAACGUAAUAAUAUAAACAAGCCAUUUACAAAAUGAAUUUCUUAACGCGUGUUAUUCUAUUUAAUAGACCUGUUGUGAAAAAUACGAUUUAUUCAAGUUAUAGAUUAGUACACGCAUAUCAACAAGAUCAAAGAUCAAAUUAUCCUAAAGUAUAUGAUAGGCGACCUGAGAAUAAAAAAUUGAAUCUUUUACAACAAGCAAAGAAAGGUUACUUUCAUUUGAAAAAAGAAUUAGCUUUGUUAAAAAAAGAAACAAAAGAAUUAAUCAAAGGUAAAGAUUUUUUUCAUCCAUCGGAUGAAAUAGACAUUGUUUGGGACUUUAAUGGUAAUGAAAAAUCUUUGGAUUCAUGGUUAAUUGUAUGCGACAGUGAUUAUAAUGAAGGUUAUUCGACUUGCAAAUUAGAAUUAAGUCCAGAGGGCAAAGCUGUCUUUUCCGGUCAAUUAGAUUUUAGAAUUCCAAAAGAUGGUAAGAUAACCAACGCAGGUUACUGCGCUCUUAAAACAGCAACGUUCAGGAAAAGUUUCAAACGAGAAACAAAGUUAGAUUGGCAGCUAUACAAUCAUCUUAUUAUGCGUGUAAGAGGAGAUGGUAGAACUUAUAUGAUCAAUAUUGGAACGAAAGGUUUAUAUGAUAUAAAUUGGAAUGAUUUAUAUAAUUAUGUAAUGUAUACAAGAGGUGGUCCAUAUUGGCAAUAUGUGAAAAUACCAUUUUCAAAAUUCUUUUUGUCUAGUCAUGGAAGAAUACAAGAUGAUCAAUUACCUAUACCUUUAAAUAAUAUAUCAAGUUUUGGUAUUAUUGCUUCUGAUAAGAAUCCUGGUCCUUUUAAGCUGGAGAUAGAUUAUAUUGGCUUAGUUUAUGAUCCCUUUGAAUGGGAAGAGUUUGCUUAUGAAAUGUAUAAAAUAGAUAAUAUUCUAUUUUAAUAAGGCCAAUUUACAUAGAUUAAUUAGUGUAGAUAUACAUAUACAAGUUUAUUAACUAAUAUAUUUCUCUGUAAACAUUAUAGUACUUGAAUAUCGAUAUGCAAAAUAGUAUAUGUAAAAAAUUGCAAUAAUAAAUUUGUACAUAAGA